CCCCAUCACAGAAGUAGGAGAAUGCAGCUUGUCUCUACUUAAAAAAACACAGCUUACCCGUCUUUGAACACCAUGGUCGCAGAGGCAAGUAAAAUCCUCACAAAAAGAGUGAUAGAUGAUCAUACUUGUAUUCAACAAUCAUUCAAACUCUUUGUAGGCUCAUGGAAUGUAGGAGGCAUCCCACCUCCACACAACUUCAACCUUGACCACUUUCUCCACACUCAAGACUCCAUGGCAGAUAUAUAUGUGUUGGGGUUUCAAGAAAUUGUACCUCUCAAUGCUGGAAACAUAUUGGCAGCAGAACACAGUAACAUUUCUAUCAAGUGGAACUCUCUAAUCAAAGCUGCCCUCAACAAGAGAACACCAACAGAAGAUGCAUUCCACAAGACAGAAGCAGGAGAGUCGCAGAGGGUUUAUCCAUUAACAACACAGAGCUCCAUCAAGCCCGGUGCCAUGGAUUAUAAAUGCAUAAUAAGUAAACAAAUGGUGGGAAUAUACAUCACCAUAUGGGCAAGAACUGAGAUAAGCCAAUAUAUCAGCUAUCCGAGUGCCUCGUGUGUCGGAUGUGGUAUCUUGGGACGCCUCGGAAACAAGGGUUCAGUCUCCAUCAGAUUUUGUUUGCAUGAAACAAGCUUCUGCUUUGUAUGUAGCCAUUUGGCUUCAGGUGGUAAAGAAGGCGACGAGAGGCACCGGAACGCAGAUGCAGCAAAUAUAUUAUCGCGCACCCUAUUCCCGCCCGAGCCCCUCCAGCAUUUGCCCAGAAAAAUUCUAGACCAUGACAGGGUGAUUUGGUUAGGGGACUUAAACUACCGGAUUCAACUGCCUGAGGAAACAACAAGAUCACUGGUGAAGAACAAAGAUUGGAACCUGUUGUUACAAAGUGAUCAGUUGUGCAAAAAUGAAAUAAAGCUGAGAGCUGAGAUGAGCAAAGGGCAUGUCUUUGAGGAAUGGAAUGAGGGAAUAAUUGAGUUUGCACCCACAUAUAAAUAUGAGCAGAACACAGAUGAGUAUUACGGAUCCGGUCACAAAGGGAAGGUGAAGAGGAUGAGAGCUCCGGCAUGGUGUGAUAGAAUAAUUUGGUUUGGGAAAGGGCUGAAGCAGAUCCAAUACAACAGAGUUGAAUCAAGAUUGUCUGAUCAUAGACCUGUUUAUGGAAGGUUUAUUGCAUAUGUAGAAGUGCCUACACUUCCAGGAAUAUAAGUGUGUCUGAAUGACUAAUUCCUAUGUUUUGUAGCCACCUAGAUUGUACUAUAAAUUAUGAUGUAAAAAGUAGAGAGAAUCAUCUACAAACAAACUUCUGAUUUGUUGAAAGUUCAAGUUGAGCUUUUCCAGAAAUGAUAAAUGAAAGAGUACAAAGUUGUCAAUUAA